AUGUCUGGCUCCGGCAUGGACGCUCACAAGGCGCCCGGUCCUCAGGGCCGGAGCGAUUCUAUCGAUGACUACGAUGUCUUCGACGACGCCAAAACAUACUAUGCGGCCGACCGUCACAAGGGCACAAAGGCCUCGGCUCGGACUCGCACCUUCUCCCAGAAUAGUCUCAUGCAGCAGAUGGAGAGACUGGGCCUGAAGGAGCCUUUCCGCCGAGGAAGCCAUGACGAGACUACCCUCAAGACGAAUCGUCGAUUCCUUGUCCAGGUCGAACCCACCCUCGAGAGUCUACAAUCGCAGGAGGAUACAGAUGGCAACAUGCAGAUCACAAUCGAGGACAAUGGUCCCAAGGUGCUCUCUCUCCGGACGGCCGCCUCCAACGGCUUCAACAGGUUCGACAUCCGAGGCACUUACAUGCUGUCCAACCUGCUGCAGGAGCUGUCCUUGGCCAAGGAGUACGGCCGGAAGCAGAUCAUCUUGGACGAGGCACGCCUGAACGAGAACCCGGUUAACAGACUCUCUCGCCUUAUCCGCGACCACUUCUGGGAUGGCCUGACGCGGCGAAUCGAUGCAUCAACCAUCGACAUUUGCGCAAGGGACCCCAAGGACUGGACUGAUGACCCUCGCCCACGUAUUUACGUUCCCUUUGGCGAGCCUGAGCAGUUUGACUUUUACACCAAGGUUGCAAAAGAUCGGCCGGAGCUUAGGUUGGACGUGGUCCGUCUGCCAGAGUCAAUGAACAUCACUGCCGAGUUCAUCCGUGACUUGAACGACGCCCCCGGCCUUCUCGCUGUUGAGAUGGAGAAGAUUAAAGAUCCCAACACCGGCGAAGACACACUGCGUGGUCUGCCUUUUGUCGUCCCCGGAGGCCGUUUCAAUGAGUUCUAUGGCUGGGAUAGCUACAUGGAGUCGCUGGGCCUGCUUGUUAACGACAAAGUCCACCUCGCCAAGUCCAUGGUGCUUAACUUCUGCUUCUGCAUCAAGCACUACGGCAAGAUUCUCAAUGCUACCCGGUCCUACUACCUCGGUCGGUCACAGCCCCCUUUCUUGACUGACAUGGCACUCCGUGUCUACGAGAAGAUCCGACACGAGCCUGGAGCUCUGGACUUCCUCCGAACGGCAAUCUUGGCAGCCAUCAAGGAGUACCACAGCAUCUGGAUUGCCGCUCCCCGCCUUGACCCCGUCUCUGGUCUGUCCAGGUACAGACCAAUCGGGCUCGGGGUUCCGCCUGAGACGGAAGCUAAUCACUUCGUGCACGUCCUGGACCCCUACUGCAAGAAACACAACCUGCCGUUCAAGGAGUUUGUUCGCGCUUAUAACAAACGCGAAAUACUCGAGCCAGAGCUGGACGAGUAUUUCAUGCAUGACCGGGCCGUGCGGGAGUCAGGUCACGACACCAGUUAUCGUUUCGAGAAGGUCUGCGCGAAUCUUGCAACAAUUGAUCUGAAUUCUUUGCUCUACAAGUAUGAGACGGACAUUGCCCGCACCAUCCGCAACAUCUUCAACGAUAAGCUGCCUAUUCCUGAGGAGUACUGUGUCGGUUCACUCGUGCCCGGCCAGGUCGAGUCAUCUGCCAUCUGGGACCGCAGGGCGAAGCGCCGCAAGUUGGCCAUUGACAAGUUCCUGUGGAACGAGGAAGAGGGCAUGUACUUUGACUACAACACCGACACGCACGAGCAGAGCAAGUACGAGUCCUGCACGACCUUCUGGGCGCUCUGGGCAGGUGUUGCGUCCCCCAAGCAGGCCGCUGCCAUGGUGACCAAGGCACUUCCCAAGUUCGAGGCAUAUGGGGGGCUGCUGGCGGGAACACUUAAGAGCCGCGGUGAGAUCAGCCUCGAACGGCCGAACCGACAGUGGGAUUACCCGUACGGUUGGGCACCGCAGCAGAUCCUCGCUUGGACGGGCCUCUACCGCUAUAGCUUCACGGAAGAGGCGGAGCGGCUGGCGUAUAAGUGGUUGUUCAUGAUGACCAAGGCCUUUGUGGACUUCAACGGCGUGGUGGUGGAGAAGUAUGAUGUGACGAGGCCAAUUGACCCGCACAGAGUCGAUGCCGAGUAUGGAAACCAGGGAUUGGAUUUCAAGGGCGUUGCAAAGGAAGGGUUUGGCUGGGUCAACGCCAGCUACGUCUACGGCCUGCAGAUUGUGAAUGCUCAUAUGCGCCGCGCGCUGGGCACAUUGACGCCGUACGAGACCUUUGUCAAGGCUGUUGACGAAAAUCGCGCCAAAGCUCUCUCCGAGAUGACUUAG